AUGAUCUUGCCGUUGGCUGUGCCCUUCAGUAUGGACGUAGCCAUGUACUCCAUAAGCCUGGUUUUUACGUCCUUCAGACCGAAGUGGUGCUUAUCCAGAACCUGUCGUGCGUUGCGGCAUGCCGAGCAGCCACUCGAGGUGCGACCUGCAUACGCCAAACUCAGCGCUAGAAGUUUCAAGCUGCUUGAGCCUGCUGAUGCCACUUUUGUAGCUUUCAGAUGCUUCCUUGCUCAUGAACUUCUCAACCUUGGCAAACUCGUUUUCGAAGGCCUCGAUGAGCGUGUUCUUGUCGUCGCUGUCCAGGCCAAGCUCCUUGCGGAUCAUCUUCAUCUGCUCCGUGAGGAUGUACUUGCGCUGUUCGCGCGACAUCUUCUCCUCAAUCUGCGUCUUCACCUCAGCCUGCACCUUGGCGAAUUCGAGGUCAUUCUUCGCGACCUCAAGCACCAUGGCCAGCCUCUUGUCGAUGUUGACCUCCGCAAGUAUGGCCUGCAGCUGGUCUCGUUUAGCCAUUGA